CGCCCGCCCCCCUUCUCCAAGCGUCAAUUUGAAGCGUCAGCUUAAAGGGCUGCAGUGAGAGGAGGGGGAGAAAAGGGGGGAAAAGAAGAGGUUUAAAAGGUUUAUUUUUCUGUUAGCGCUUGUUCCUAAAGGACCGAGGGAGUGCUGGAGGAUGACUCGAAUAAGUUCGAACGGUUCGAAUAAGAAGAAAGAAGAGGUUCAUGUGGCUAACGGAGGGCUGAAGCAGUCCGCAUGGAGCAAAGCGCUGAGCAGCAGAGCUGUGUGGGACGACAAGGAUGAGUUUUUAGAUGUGGUGUACUGGUUCAGGCAAAUCAUCGCCAUCAUCCUGGGAGUAAUCUGGGGCAUCGUUCCACUGAAGGGCUUCCUGGGAAUCGCCAUCUUCUGCAUGGUGAACGCCGGCGUCCUGUACGUUUACUUCAGCAGCUUCCAGCAGGUGGACGAGGAGGAGUACGGAGGAACGUGGGAGCUGACCAAAGAAGGCUUCAUGACCUCUUUUGCUUUAUUUCUGGUGGUGUGGAUAAUCUUCUACACGGCUCUACACUAUGACUGAGGUCCACAGGAGAACCUGCUCUAAAGCAGCGUAGUACACCGGGCUGUACAGUGGGGUCCUGGGACGGGCUGCACACGGCCGGCACUGGGCUUUACACACGUCACCAGCAGCACACCGGAGCCUCCUGACCCAGGGGCAUUGUGGGUUCUCUGCUCUGAACCACUUCCUGAUCGGCGGCUCAUCGAGUUUUUAAGCUAACGCCCGUCCAGUGCACUGCCAUGUGUUCUGAUUCAACGCUAUCUCAUCUCUCUCUCUCUCUCUCUCUCUCUCUCUCCUCUCUCUCUCUCUCUCUUUGUAUGAAUGACUUUAUAUUUAGUUUGUAAUUUAACUUUAUUUCUCAUGACUCCAGUCUUAUCUAACUUCUAGCUAAUUUAAAAGCCAGUGUAAAUGAUGUAUAGUUUCAUUUUAAUGUGUUUUCUGUCUCUGGCGUGAAGAGGUUUCCCCGUACGUCUCAGUAUUUCACAGAAGAAUUUAUACGGAUUCGGACUGAGCCGGCUCCGGGUUUCAGUGCCGAUACGCACAAGGUGUUUCCUUCAGCUUGCUUUCACCUCCUUCCCCAAACAAGACCGAGAUGAAUCCGAACCUGACGCUCGGAGGGUAUUAACACGUGGAGCGAGUCAAACAAAUUAGGAGUACAUUUUUAGACAAUAAAAAAUCCUGUUUAACAUUUUUCUUUGUUGAAAUGACUGAUUGAUUUGUUUUGCCCCCCCCCCCCCCCGUUUCAUCCCACGUGGUCAGCUGGAAAAAUGUCCACGUUUCUCAUGUCUUUAAAUUCCUUUGAGUUUGUUAUGAUGUAAUAAAACCGUAAUUCACACGUCCCAAAGGAUUCCAUUUCAUUUCUUUAUGUUAAAAAUAUCCGAUUAUAAAAUAAAACUUUUUUAUAUCCA